AUGGACGGGAAUGUGAAGAGUAGCUAUUGUCUUCGAAAGAGUGCUGGAACGCGAAAGCGAAAUCAUUCCGAUUUUAUUGAAUGGCCAACCGAAUAUGAUGUGAAUUUCCAAAAUGGUACAGAGAUGCAAUAUGAGCCGACGUCAGUUGUAUCAUUACUAAACCCAUCAGUAGCCUACGCAGAAACCAGAAGAAGAGGCCGACCGAAAAAGAAUAGAGAAAGUGCCGAUCAAAUUCAAUCCGAAAACUACAAAGAAAUAACAACACUGGAUAUAAAUCCAACUUGUUCACAAAAUAUUUCUGCCAGAACGCCGAUUGGCCGUAAGCAUUAUGCAUCGUUUUCGAGUUAUACAACAAGUCUUCCUCCACCAGCCACUUCCAAUCUCAACGCCAUUUCCGUAAAUGGAACAUUAAAAUGCCAAUUAUGCCGUACUCCUGUGAGAACUGUUAUGCAAGGAACUCGGGAAUGCCACCACAUAUUCUGUGAACCAUGCGCCUUGUCAUUUCCAACGUGCCAAUUAUGUCAAUACUCUCAGAAAAAAAGAAACUGCACCAUCAAGAGCUACCUCGAUAAUAAUCUUUUCGUUGGUGUAGACGAUAGCAAACGCACAGCGUUUUUUGUGAGACUGCCGAAAACUGAUAAGAUUUAUACGGAUCUCACACAAAAACAGAAAUUUGUUCGUCAAAAUGAUUUAAUUGAAUUUGCAUCGCAAUUAACUGGAGAUGACGCUGAUUCGACCUCGCAGAUCCUGAUUGACAGCUUAUCUCAACUCGGAUGUUCUGGAAACGAGCAUGAACGUGUCUACCCAAGUACGAAUGAAGCCAACGAAACUGAUGGCACGACGCCAUUGAAUCAUCUUCAAAACACAAUCGCAAAUGUGGAUAGAUUGGAAAAUUCAGAAAUAGUCAAUGAUGAGAGCAUAUCGCCACCAGUUCUUGAUCGGUAUUAUAUGGAUUCCACCAAUUUCAACGUCGAGAAGACCACUGGAUUAAUUACGUUGAACGAAGACGACUCGCUGUCGAAACUCGAAGAAGCGGAUUAUGUCGAUGAGAAUGGAAUAGGAAGAUCUCUUCCAGUCGUCAAUGAAAGAAUACGAUAUCAUUAA